AUGGAGGAGAAGGUCGACAAGGAGAAAAAGAAGAAGCACGGGUUCUUCUCCUUUCUGAAGCGAAAGGCAAAAGACAAAAGCAAGGAAGUCAAGGACGCAUCGAAGGACAAAAAGGGUGACACGAAGGAUCCCAAGCGGCGUUCUGUGAUGGUGACAGACAAAAAAGAGCAGCAACGGCUCGACCGCAUGUCUAUAGCUACUCCCGUCAACAUCAAUGCGUUGAUGAAAAACCUUCCCGACUGGCAAGAGUCUACACGUAAAGUUAUUAAAGACGGCAAAUUAGAGACUUUUCCCAUAGCUGGGGACUUACCUCGAUUAUUGAAUCACUUGUCUAUAGUUAGAGAAGUCUCUGAAGGUAAUUAUGACACGUUAUUCCCCGAUGAGUCUGCUGAGAAGACACAAGCGCCGAAGGCGGGGGAUUGUUUCCAAGUCAUUAAGUGUAUCUGUACACUCUUUGAAGGAGAUGAGCAGUGUGCCAAGAUUGAACAGGAAUGGAACUCGACGAUGGCAAAUGAUGAAGAUAUGAGUGUGCAGAAGACCUUUCUGAUAAGGAUAUUAACAAAAGUAUUUCUUGAGGAUGGCCAACAAAAAGACGUUAGUCCGGUGAUCACUUUUUUGAAAGCAAUUAACCAAAAGAUCAUCGCAAAUUCUACACUCCAUUUAAAGAUGGUAUGUGGCUCGUUACUCUUCAAAGAUUCUCAUCCUAUGUUUUGGGAAGUGGCGUGUAUUCUUCAAGAUAAAACUUAUUUAAUUCAUUACAGAAAACAAGAAUCGACAAGUAAAAAGGAAGACGAAUAUUUCCAAUUCAUGUGGGAACUCCGGCUUGUGUUCUCUUCCGGUCUUACACAAUUGGAGGAAGUUACUAUGGGGAUUUCCUCGAUAGAAUUCAGACCAGAAACACGAAAAGACGUAAGAGACAAUGUCCUCGAUACACUCAAGCCUAUUUUGUUUACGGACGUUGAAAUCAAAGACGUUCUUGCUUCCGAGUAA